UGGUGUGCUGUGUCCCUCGGGUGGAAAGAGCCAAAGAUGUUGUCUCGGUCAUGUGAUCAGCUGUGUCCAAUCAGAGCUGAUCGCAUGGCACUGAUGAUCAGUGUAACCCCAGCAGUGCCACCUGUCAGUUCCCAUCAGUGCCACAUCAAUGCCACAUGCGUCAGUGCCCAUCUGAGCUGCCUUUCAGUGUCACCUAUCAGUGCUAGUCUGUACCGCCUAUCAGUGCCAUCUAAUAGUGCCAGUCAGUGCCGCCUAUCAGUGCCAUAUGAGUGCUGCCUUUCAGUGCCCAUCAGUGAUGCCUGUCAAUGACCGUCAGUGCCACCUACCAGUGCCUCCUCAUCAGUGC